ACUGUGACACACGGCGCUCUGCAGCUCGCCAUGAUGCAGAUAUCUGACUCCUACAACCAGAAGAACUCUCUCUUCAACGCCAUGAACCGCUUCAUCGGCGCCGUCAACAACAUGGACCACACGGUGAUGGUGCCCAGCCUGCUGCGGGACGUCCCAUUGGACGACGCAGAGGACGCGAAGGCGCCGGUGACCGCCUCAAACAGCCUCGCCACAAACAGCCCCGCCUACCUCCAACAGGAAGGAGACAUGUACGGCUCGUACGUGCUGCUCAAGUCCAUCCGCAACGACAUCGAGUGGGGCGUCCUGCAGGGCGAGGAGCGGCGGAAGGAGAAGGUGGGCGUGGCCGAGGGGGCGCAGGAGGACGACCUGGAGAAACAGUUUCACUUCCACCUGAGCGGACUCCACGCCGUUCUGUUGAAACUGACGCGUAAAGCCGACACGCUCACCACCCGUUACAAGGAGGAGAUCGGCUGCAGGAACUGACCCAGAACCUGCAGAGGUCUCGAACCCGCAGACGCACGCCUGUGGGACCCAGA